AUGAGAAUCACACUCGCACAGCCGGUGGAUGAGGAGAGGCCCGGAGGGAGGCUCUUACCAGGUAUUGCAGAGACCGUUCUUCCGUGCUGCUAUUCUAUUGUACAGUUCCGCCAGCUCCACAAUCUAGAUACCAAUCACUUUGUCUUCCUUCAUGGUGCCGGUUUUGGUGCUGAGAAAAACAUCAACCUUCACAAAACCAAAACACCAUUCAAAUCUCUAUAUCAACUUCCAGAAGAUCAUCUGUUUGAAGAUCCGGGAAGGAAACUGCUUGAAGAAAUGGAGUGCUUGGUUAGAAUGCAUGCGUUUCUUAAGUCUCUAGAUGAGCAUGUUUGGGUGAGUGUGCAAAAUGGUUGGAAACCUCCCUCCACUACCGUAUCAGGAACUAUUAAUCUUACUGACAUAUCACUAUGGACUAAAGAUGAGAUAGCUGAGUGUAAUUGGAAUAGCAAGGGGCUUCAUGCCCUAUUUAUGGCCGUGUCUCCCGAAGAGUUUAGGAGAGUGUCAAUUUUCAAUCUAGAACUGGUAGGAUCCUUGCAAACUUAUGAACUUACUGUCACACAACCUAAGAAAGGAAAGUCCAUAGCCUUAAAAUCCAUCAAAGAGGAUGAAUCGUCUGAUACUGAGUCUCUUAGAGAUGAUGAAAUUGCAUACUUUGUCAAGAAAUUCCAAAAAGUUCUCAAGAAUAGGAGAAAGCCUCAGGAUAGAAAAAGUGGAGUCCCUAGCAGAUUCUGGAAAGAAAAAACUGAAAGGUUUAACAAUAAAGGGUCGAGUGAUAAACCACGUUUGGUUAGGUGCCAUGAGUGUCAAGGUAUAUGUCACUAUAGAAAUGAGUGUCCUAGUUAUAAGAAGAAUCAAAGAAAAGGGAAAGGUAAGGUCUUAGUUGUUUCACUUACAGAUAACGAAUCUGAGACCAGUGAUAGGCAGGAAUCAUCUAGUAGUGAAGAUGAAGGGAACUAUAUGGCAUUUAUAUCGACUGUUAAGAGUGAAUCUGAUAAGGAGAAGGACAAGGUUAAGACAUUGGCUAGUGAAUUGGAAAAAUCUAAUGCUCAUCUUCAGACUUUCAUAAGUGGGACUAAGAAAUUGGAUAGUCUUUUGGGAAUGAAUAAGCCAGUGGGAGAUAGGAGAGGUCUAGGAUAUGUUGAGGGUAAUACACAUGUUGCUAGACCAUCUAAGACUGUUUUUGUAUCUGCCUCUAAGAAGUCUAAUGCUGUCAGUAGUUCAAAUAAGGGUAAGAAUGUUCCGAGGGAACAGAGUCAUCAAUCACGUAGGAACAUCAUGCCCAGAUACCCACAGACACGUACCUUUGAUCCUAGGUUCAUUCCCACCUGUCACCACUGUGGAGCUCUAGGACACACUAGGCCUAGAUGUUAUAAGUUAGGCAAUGAGCAUAGAAAUCAGAACAUUCCUAGUCAGGUUAGCUUUCUGUCUAAUCAGGUUAGUCAUUUGACUGAGAUGCUUACUAAGCUAACUAGGAGUACUUUGUCGCCUAAGAAAGUUUGGGCCAAAAAGGGUGAUCUAGCUAGACAUUCAGGUCAAGAACAUUGUUAUAUUGCUCAUGUUGCAUUAAAAGCCCAAAAUUACAAUAUGUGGUACCUAGACAGUGCAUGUUCUAGGCAUAUGUGUGGUAACAAGGCUUUAUUCACUACUCUUGAUGAAUGUCUAAAGUCUAACUUGUUAAGUAUUAGUCAAAUUUGUGAUGCUGAUUUUGAGGUUAGCUUUGUGCAAAAGAGAUGUACUGUGAGAGCGAAAAUUGAUGUGAGUGAACUUUGGCACAAAAGAUUGGGUCAUUUGAACUAUAAGAGUCUAGUACAGCUGGCUAAGAAGGAGUUAGUAGAUGGUUUGCCUAAGAUAGGUUCUAGUGAAAAUAUUGUGUGUGGACCGUGUCAACUAAGUAAACAACUUAAGGGAAGACAUAAAAAGACUUCUAAAAUUCUGACCAAAAGACCCUUGGAAUUGAUACACAUGGAUUUAAUGGGAUCAUCUAGGACUGAGAGUUUAGGAGGUAAGUGGUAA